AGUCGUUUGACUUCGCUCUUCCUGCCUCCAGGGCGCUUCCACCGUCGCGGGUGGGAGUGCAGGACGGAGGUGCGAGAUGAGCACCAUGUUCGCCGACACACUCCUCAUCGUCUUCAUUUCCGUGUGCACGGCUCUGCUCGCGGAGGGCAUAACUUGGGUCCUGGUUUACAGGACCGACAAAUACAAGAGAUUGAAGGCAGAAGUGGAAAAACAGAGUAAAAAAUUAGAAAAGAAGAAAGAAACGAUAACAGAGUCAGCUGGUCGGCAACAGAAAAAGAAAAUAGAGAGGCAAGAAGAGAAACUGAAAAAUAACAACAGAGAUCUAUCAAUGGUUCGAAUGAAAUCCAUGUUUGCAAUUGGCUUUUGUUUUACUGCUCUAAUGGGAAUGUUCAAUUCCAUAUUUGAUGGUCGGGUGGUGGCAAAGCUCCCUUUUACCCCCCUUUCCUACAUCCAAGGGCUGUCUCAUCGGAACCUGCUGGGGGACGACACCACUGACUGUUCCUUCAUCUUCCUCUAUAUUCUCUGUACCAUGUCCAUUCGACAGAACAUUCAGAAGAUUCUCGGCCUUGCCCCUUCGAGAGCUGCCACCAAGCAGGCAGGUGGAUUUCUUGGCCCACCACCUCCUUCCGGGAAGUUCUCUUGAAAUCAAGCAGAACCCGUCAAUUCUUGUCAUUCUUUUUGGAUGCUCCCAUCAGACCUGCAACUAUUUUGUAGCAAGGACCACAGGCAGCCUUCACACUCAGGCCCCUUUCUAGUUUUGAGUUGUGACCAAUUUACAGCUACAACAGACUUCGAAUAGCACCGGCCAAACCUGGCUGUGCUCCUGGUCACAGGUGAUUGUCCUUUUUGUCUCAUGAAUGUGUUGGUUAGGUCGCUGUGGGCG